AUGGGACCACCUAGGAUAACUAGUUGUUGGCACCUUCCUUCUCUGCCCUCUCAUCUCCCCUCUUCGUCACCCCGACGCCUCCCUCCGCCCCUCUCUCCCCUCCAUCACCCUUCACCUCCCUCACACCCCCUCCUCUCCCACCUCGUGCAUGUCCCGGAGCAGCAUGUGAGCGUACACGAGUUGGUUCCAGGUGUCGGGCACGCCCGGCAGGCACCAGUGCAGGCAGUCCUGGUGGGCGGCGUCCAGCAGGUACCCCCACUGGGACGGGUGUGCGUCGGGGCGGAACGACGACAGUGGCCGCGGGUGUUUCACUCGCCGUCAAAGAAGUGCCGCGCCGAUGCCGUGCGCAGCAGCAGCAAUGCGCCCUCCCCCCCCUCCGCACCCCCUUGCUGCUGCCACCGCCCUCUCUCUGCUGCACCUGCCCCACCCUCCCCACCGACGACUUCCCCUCCUCCUCCCUCGCCCCCUUGUGCCUCCUGUGCCUGCCCUGUAGCACCCUCGCCCUCUUCCCUCCCCAUGGCUGCCACGUGGCGGUGCAGCCAGGCCAUGGUGGAGCGCAGGGCGAUGCGUUGCAGCGCGUGCAUGAUUGCCGCUGCUGCCCUCUAUGCGCACCCUGCUGCCCUCUAUGCGCACCCUGCUGCCCCCAGUGGCCGCCUCACUGCUCUCGCCCUCACUGCUGCUGCUGCUGCUGCUGCUGCUGCUGCUGCUGCUGCUGCUGCUGCUGCUGCUGCUGCUGCUGCUGCUGCUGCUGCUGCUGCUGCUGCUGCUGCUGCUGCUGCUGCUGCUGCUGCUGCUGCUGCUGCUGCUGCUGUUGUCUGUGUGGUGUGCGUGUGGCAGCGGUGGCGCAUUGACACGCACGUCAAGGAGCAGCUGAGGGUCAUCGAUGUUCACGGGCUGCCUGCUAUGUGCACGUCCCACUUGCUCUCGCGCACCUUGCCCUGGUGUUGUGGUGUGCCAUGGCGUGUGGCAGGGUUGCAGGGGGGAUUGAGCUUCGUGUGA